AUGAUCAAGGCCGAGACGAACCCGCUCCACUGGCAAAGCGACACAUCGAGCGGUAAGCAGCCUCGUCGUGUAUGCUACUUCUUCGACAGCGACAUCGGAAACUAUCACUAUGGCCCCGGUCAUCCGAUGAAGCCUACCCGUAUUCGCAUGUGCCACUCUUUGGUCAUGAAUUAUGGACUCUACAAGAAGAUGGAGAUCUUCAGAGCAAAGCCCGCUACCAAGAGGGAGAUGUCCCAGUUCCACACCGACGAGUAUGUCGAUUUCCUGUCAAGAGUCUCGCCAGACAUAGUCGAGAAUUUCGUACGCGAACAGGCAAAGUUCAAUGUGGGCGACGAUUGCCCCGUCUUCGAUGGUCUCUUCGAAUACUGUUCAAUCUCAGCGGGCGGAUCAAUGGAGGGGGCUGCUCGCCUCUCGCGUGACAAGUGCGACAUUGCCAUCAACUGGGCUGGCGGGCUGCAUCACGCCAAGAAGGGAGAGGCAAGCGGUUUCUGCUACAUCAACGAUAUCGUUCUGGGCAUCUUGGAGCUACUCAGAUACCACCCGAGGGUCCUGUACAUCGAUAUCGACGUUCAUCACGGUGAUGGAGUUGAGGAAGCAUUCUACACGACAGACAGGGUGAUGACCUGCAGUUUCCACAAGUACGGAGAGUUCUUCCCAGGAACCGGCGAGCUGAGGGACACCGGCUACGGCAAGGGACGCUACUACAGCUGUAAUUUCCCGCUGCGCGACGGCAUCACCGACGAGAGCUACAAAUCCGUCUUUGAGCCCGUCAUCAGCAAGAUCAUGGAGUUCUACCAGCCAUCUGCCAUUGUCUUGCAGUGCGGCUCAGACUCCCUUGCAGGCGACAAGCUGGGAUGCUUCAACUUGUCUAUGCGCGGCCAUGCUAGCUGCGUAGACUACGUCAAGUCAUUCGGCCUCCCUCUUCUCCUCCUCGGCGGCGGCGGCUACACAAUGCGCAACGUCUCCCGCGCUUGGGCCUACGAGACGGGCCUCGCCGCCGGGCAGGAACUUUCCUCGCAAGUCCCUGUAAAUGAAUACUACGAGUACUUCGGCCCAGACUACAAACUCGAUGUCCGGCCAAACAACAUGGAGGACCUCAACACGAGAGAGUAUCUCGAGAAGAUCAAGAUCCAGCUCUUCGAAAAUUUGCGACACACCACCUUUGCCCCUUCGGUUCAGGGACAUGUAGCUCCAGGCGUGCCCGGCGAUGAGGAGAUGGACGAGAUCGACGACUUGGUCAGGGAAGGGGACGAUGCUCAGGAUGUGAGGGCAAGCAAGGAUCAGAGGAGGCGGGAUAGACGGGUGCAGCGCAAUGGCGAGUUGAGCGACAGUGAGGAUGAGGGGGAGGGGGGCCGACGAGAUCGAAUAGACCAUGGCAACGGAAAUGGGACGUCGCCCAGGUCCAGACCGAGCAUCAUGGAGCCUCUGCGACGGAGGCAAGAGGAGGCGGCUGCGGCUGCGGCUGACGCAGGGGCGCCAGCUUCAUCUGGGUCAUCAACACCGCUGGCCGCAGGCUCGGCGAUGGGGGCGACCACGGGUAGCACAGGAGGCGAGGGCCGUGCUCCCGGUGACGUCGAGAUGGCAGACUCGUAG